AUGGCGACUCAUCGCCGGCAACUACCGUGCGACCUCAUCAUUCGCGAUGCGGAUGAGGGUACGCUCAGACUCAUCCCUUCGUCUCCCGACCUCGUCGUCCACUUCAACCACAAAGGGAUACGGCUUUCGUUCCUACGCGACCCGGACCGCCAGAUCUUCAGCUGGUACAGCGCGGACCUGACCAUGACCGAGUCGGCGCUUCAUCACAUUACAAUCGAGCUUCCGCCGCAAGGGUUCACUCUGAACUUUCACGACCUCACAUCUCAUGAGAAGUCCGCCCUCAGCAGCCACCUCCCGGGGGAUUCAAGCCGAUACAAGAUCAUCGACAUCAAGUGCCAAAAAAGCACCACGGUCACCGGAUUUGGCCUGCCAUUUCAUGGUACAAAUGAGAUUGUGGACUCUUGGGUUAAUCAGCACACUCUGAUCAAGGAUAUCAUUUCUUUGCCAUGCAUCCUUCACCAACACACUUUCACUCUGCUCGUCAAGGCCACCAGCGCUGAGAUCACACGCGCCGUCAGCACCAUCAACUCCCAACUCACCCCCCUCGACUAUGGAUAUGGUGAAGAGCACUGGUGGGACAUGGACCGGUACAGCCGACAAAUCCCUGCGAACAGAGGGCCGGCAUUUCCUCCGACGGUCCGCUUCAAGAACGAGAACGAGCGCAACACAGCACUCACCCAGACUCAUGUGCAGGAUAAGGUCGGCCCGGAUUCUGUCAAGAAGAGCGUCAACUUUGUGUGUCUUCUGGAGUUAAAGGGCAUUUUCGCGGAACAUUGGCGCGCUGCCCGUCGUGCGCUACGAGGAGACCUCAACAAGAUCAAGGUCGAAUUUACUUUGAAAACACGCGAUGAGACGCACCAGACUGGAAUGAUCGUUUGGGAUGCAGUUCCUCUGACAUAUGCUACCUGUGAAGAGUUGAACGACGUCGACAUCCGCAAUCGUAUCGCUCUUGGUCUCACUCGACCCACAGGCUUGGGCCAUGACUUCAAUCCGAUCGCUUACGACGAUUACGAGACGGCAAAAGAGUCUCGACGUGACAACAUACAUCUCCAUUUAGAAUCUGGGCUUCACGGCGACAUGCAGCGAGUAAAUGCUAUCCACCUCUUAAGCAGCGGACCAGUCUUUCCGGCCGCCAAGAAGCUUGACCCUCUCGCUGUUCUCAAGAGACUCGUAUUCAACGAAGUCCUGAUUGGAAAAGGCCUUUGGGAUCUUGAAAAGGAAGGGGUGAAGACAGCCCUCCCUCAUUUUGAUCUCCUCCGCGAUGUGCCUCCGGAUAUUCGAGACGCGUGCCUUCAAAACGUCUUUGAAGAUGACAGAGAACGUGUUCAGACAUACUUUAGCAAGUUGCACCAUGGCCUCGGGUUGGUAACAGGUCCGCCUGGGACAGGAAAGUCUCAUCUCGCGUCCGCCAUCGUGGUUCUCAUGUGCCAUAAUCCCUCCCUUGGGCAAGUUUAUGUCAGCGCAGCGUCAAACGGAGCUACAGACAACAUUCUCGAACGAAUUCAAGACGUCGCCACCAAGACAACCACAAGUCUCAUCGACGCUGGUGUCGAAGUCAAGCAUCUUAUGCUGGUUCGUGGUUACAGUCUCAACACAGAGACCGAGAACUGCAGCAAAGUCUUGUUCGGGAAGCCUCUCCCGGAAUACGGUAUCUGGAAUCCGUCGCCUUGGAAGCUGGAGCACUCGCUUUGCUGGUGGACCUUGCGGGUUCUGGGUUCUUCUGCCGUACCCGCCCUGACCCUGAACGACAACGCCGAACUGUUUGACCUUCACGAGAGACUCAGCGCGCCCUGCGACUCGGCAUCUGAUGCGAACAUUUCAAAGUUCCGCUCCUUAGUGAAGCUUGCACGGGGUUCCUUGUCGGUUGCUCAGUACACGGCCAUACAGACGAGGGAACAGCACGCCAAGGUCUUUCGCCAGCUCAUGCAGCUUGUUCUUGGAUGUGCCAAUGUUGUCGCGACCACGCCUGUUGUAUCAGCGAGUCGGAUCUACAGGACCUUCAACGACAAAGCCCGGGCUGUUAUUUUUGAUGAAGCGGCGACACUCUUCUGUUCAGACGGUGUACUGGUGUUUGGCAAUACUCCUCGACCAAUGAUAGCCAUCGGCGACCCCAUGCAACUCGCUCCAGUGCUUUCUACCGCUUUCGAGUUGCUCCAGAUCCGUCGCCAAAAGCGUACAUGGGAAACUUGGAGCGACCACCACGCCAUGCGACUCUGGCCUACGAACCGAUUCGCAAAAUUUGCGCAAAUCUCUUGGCUCUCAUGGUUCAUCCACCUUGGAUGGCCAGUCUUUCACCUGUACACGCAGCAUCGCAUGGCCGAGAAUCUCUUCGACCUGUCACUGGACACUGUGUACACCAGUCUGAAGCCGCAUUUCAAGUACAGCCCUUUGUGUCGCAUCACAAACUUCCCCAUCGGUAUUGAUGUGGAGGAGUACCUUCAGGGGAAGUAUAAGAUCCCGGCCCCUGCCAGUAACACCCUCGCGCCCGUCUUCUUUGACUGCCGGGACUGCCGCAUCCGGAAGUAUCCCGACAAUGAGUCCCGCCUCAAUCCCCGACAGGCCGACCUCAUCGCAGUCCUCCUUGUGGACAUGAUCCGGCAGUUGAAGCUAUCUCCGGCUGAUAUCGCCGUCCUGACGCCAUACCGAGCAAAUUUCCGUGCCAUCGGGAAACGAUUCAAGAAGGAGCCUGAGCUGCAGGGCGUGACUUGCUCGACCUUCGACACGUUCCAAGGCCGCGAGGCUCAGAUUGUGGUUGUUGCUCUGUGUGUGACCCGCGAAAGUGGUCCAUUGUUUGUUGCCAACCCCCGGAGUCUCAACGUCGCUUUGACCCGACAGAGGUCGAGUCUCCUCAUCUUUGGGGACCUGGGAGUGCUCGACCACAAAGCGAACGAUACUUCCACCGACUUUAUCGGCUCGGACUCUGGACAAAAGUUUAAUCUCCGGAUGUUUCGCGAUGUACUCAAAGCCCUUCGCGACAGCCGACGAGUGGUUCGGCUUGAGGGCAGACGUGAGAUCGAUCACGAUUGGUACUGGAAUAGUAUGGAGAGGGACAAGAAGUGA